GCACGUGGUAUAUUUGCGAUAACAAUAGCUGAAAGGGAGAAUGGUGUCGGUGUGACAGACACACGUUGUUCUGCACUCGGCAGACGAACUGCGACCAGAAAAAGUGGAAAGUAUAGAGCCUGGUUACGAUAAUGUCUGGUCAAAAACUAGGGAUCGUUAAUUUAGGAAAAGCUGCGGGAAAGGUUAAAUUUGCACUGCUUGAUGAAAGAGACAUUGAUUUAAUCAACCAAUAUGCAUUUGAGGCCAGAGUCAAGGUUGACCCAGAUGGCAACGGUGCCCACAUCUAUGCUUACACAUAUAAGAUAUUGAAAGGAAGGGAAGCAGGCCAAUUUCUUCAUGAUUUUCUAUGGGAGAGGCACAGAGGUGGAGUAGCUAGCGGGUGGAAGGUGGUACACAGGAACGGCAUUACCGUGGACAAUCGCCUUGAGAACCUGAUGCUGGUUCCCAUGGAUACACAGCUUGUGUACGAUGAUCUUCCUUCCACAAAGAACCGGGAACAGUCCCUUUAUUGGAUGGCUGUCCAGCAGCUCCAAGUAGCUCCCUUAGAAUGUCAUUAUCCAUCUUCUCAUGUCUAUACAAAACAGUUCAGUCCCAAUGGAGAAAACAUUCACAUAGAACAUGACGAGGUCUGUGUGUACUAUGAAUGCCAUUACCCUCCCUGUACUAAUAUGGAGAAAAGAGUUCGGGAAUUCAGCAUCUGUGGAAGGUGUCAGGAAGUCAGGUACUGUGGUACAUUUUGCCAACAGAGAGAUUGGCCAACUCACAAGAAAUUUUGUCAAGAGAGACAACUCUUUAUACCGCUAGAAGAAGAGGAAAGUCCCGAUCGGUGAAGAAAUAGUGUGAAAGACAGCGAUGUUGAGAGUGAAUGUUAGUGGCAUAUGAUGUUUCGUUUUUCAUAUUCGAUAUUGAUCUCUAAACUUAAUUUCUAGGUAUAACAAAUUUUCUGUUAAGAUACAUUUUAAGUGCUCUUUUUUUUAUUCAUGUAUCUGUUUUUGAAAGUCAUUUUAAGUUAAUGUAUUUAUUUCACCAUAAAUGUUGAAGGUAAAAACAUAAUCAAACCCUGAUUUAAAAAUGUUUGUAGAGAAAACCAAGUUAAAAUUCGAAGUGGCAUUAAUAUAUUUCAAUACCACGUUUUGGAAUAUUCCAAGCAAUCAUGAGGAAUUUUUGUGUUACCUUCUGUAAUUUGGAAAGUUUCAGUCUGUUUAUAUGAGAGUGUGUUAAUCUUUAGAAGAUUGUAUGUUUAAAUGUAUUUUCCCAGGCCAUUCCAGUUUUUAUGUUUGUUACAUAUUUAUUUUAUGAGGAUUUAGAAUGUUGUAUUGGGAAAAUAUUAUAAUGUGCUAACCUAGUCAGAAACAUCAUAUAUUUUAAUCUAAUUCGGACAUGUUGUUUUAGCAAGUCCCUUUAAGUUUUCCAGUGUUAAUGAUACCAGUUUUUGAUGAUAAGAGUUCUUGUCCUGGACAUAGAAGGUAUAAUCUGUUAGUUUUCAGAUAAUCUGUGGAAACAGCAAAACUAUUUUGAUAAUCUUGGCACAGGAGUGCUUGGUUUACUUUACUUUCCCAAAGGCUGUUGUAUUUUUAUGUUAUAGAUUUUUUCUUUUCAAAUCAAUACUAGAAAUUAUCUAGUUUAAAAAAAGUAGAGGACAUUUUUUGUCGAUUUGUUUGGAACAUUCCAUAAACUAGGUAUGUGUUUUGUGCAUCUAAAGAUAUCUUUUAUUCAAUAGUACUCAUGAUUGAACAUGACACAGUCAUUUUUGUAAACUGAUUGAUAUAUGUACUUCCAAGUCCAUUCAUGUUUUAGGCCCUGUCCUCUUGUUUUCUGAUGAAAAUUGUUUAAACCUUUUUUAAAAAGGGUAUAACAAAAUUAAUGAGUGAUUUUACCAUGUGGAGUGAUCUUUAUCUACGCAUUGAUCUUGUACUAAAAUGGUGCCAUUUGAGACAGAUAUGCUUUUAACUUUUGUGCCACUUGUCUUGUCUGGAUAAUAUACUUAAUACUAAAAUUCAAUUUACAUAGCAUUUUGCAUAACAUUGCACAAUACCUAAAAUUAAAACCAUUCCUAAUGUCAUGUACAUUCCUCUUUAAGCUUUAUGUUAAUGUAGUUUUUAAUACUUUCCACAUGUUUCAGAAAUGAAUACUUGUUUUUUUUAUAUAUUUAUAUGAUGUGAAUUAUUCUAAAAUUUUACAGGUAACAAUUCUUACAUUCUUCAUUUUGAAAUACUUUUUAUGUUUGUUAUUCUUAAUGUAUAGACAUGCAUGUAUUGUAUUUCCGUCCUAGAGAGAUUUUAUCUGUAGAAAUGGACUCUUAAAGGUACUCUGCCUGUUAAAUGUAAUAUACAUGUUAUGUUAUUAGAUUGCCCCCAAAAAUUCUCCAACUUUAUUUCGAAAACAAUUCAGAAGGCAUUAUCAGGAAAACUCUGAUUGUUAACAAAACGGGCAAUUCCAUUAUUAAUGUUGAUCUUGUUUUGGACACCAGUCAUAAAAAGAACUCUAGUCAUCAUGAUAGCAAUGUUUCUCUUGCAGCAGGAUAUUUUAUGAAGUAAUACUUUUCAUCUUUGUUUAGCCAUCAGCAAAGGAUAUCCUAUUUCCAUUGUUAGAAAAGCUCCCCAUGUCAUUACGUUUUGUCUAUUUGCAUAUCCGUUUGAAUAUUCAUGAUUCAAUUUCCCAGCAUGCAUUAUUGUGUUGUGUCACUAAUCAUACUAAUUAUUAUAUAUAUACAUAUUUAUGAUUUGUUUUUAAUGAUUAACAGUGCAAUAUAGUUAUAGUCAAGAUAUCUACAACAUAUUUGAUUUGUUUGUUUUUACAGUUUGAAUAAACUAACAUUUUUUUUACAGAUCCGUUUGCUUUCCUUCUUGAACAAAUAACAUUCCACAUGAUUGCAUUGGUCAAUCGAUUUGUGAAUAACAAUAGAGAGCAUUGUGUUUUUGAGUGUAGUUGCAUGCACCUAAUAUAUUAACACAGAGAGUUAAAAUAGGGGAUUACAUUGCAAAGCUUGUGUGCAAAAUGCCCGACUUCUAAAGUUGACUUCGCAUAACAUUCCCAUUUUUCGUAUUUGAAUGGAGAUAGAACUUUUCACUUACACCUGAAUGACCCGUCAAGCCAUACUGACCAAAAUGCGCGUUCUGCUGCAUUGCAUGAAUUAUUUAUGGGUCACAUUGAAUGUUUGUGAGUCAAUCUACCACAAAAAAAGGAGAGUUAGUACAAUUUAGUUCGAUCUGGCUGCUGAAGCGAUCUUUACUUUUUGGGGUUAUUAAAUACAAGGAGAAAGUGGGUAGUCUGGUAAUCUUAGAUCAUGUUUUGAAUUCUGUCUCAUUGCUGUAGCUUUACUAGCACACGGUGCCCAUAUCUGGGUGUUUUCGUAUUCACUGUAUAAAAUGUAAUGGUUUUAUGAAAUAUAGUCUGUACUCGUAUCGUUA